AUGACCCCACGUGAACAGCUAAGGAAGUUAUCAGCGCUGGGAGAGCAAGGUGCCCUAGAUGAGAAACACUGGCACCGACUGGUCAAUGGAAUGUCUGUUGGAGAUACGGCAAAGGUGAGCAAUGAGGCCACCACCAGCAAACCACACCAAACCAAAGUAGAAAUAGAGCUGUCUUCUGGCAGUAGUAGGAAAAGUUUUAAGGAAGGAGAGCCAGGAGUUCACAAGGCAUGUAUUAGUGGACAGGAGGGAUGUGCAGAAGUCACCAACUGCAAUGCUAGCACUAGUGACAAAGACAUAUCCAGCCACUGCUCGGCUUUCCAAGAAAAGUUUCUGUACCCAUCUGUUGCUGGCCCGCUCUCAGGGAUACCCUACAUGCUCCCCAUGCCAGGAAAUGGACUUGUACCACUUGGACAUCCUAAUAUGUUUCUUAAUGGAGAAGAAAUGUCUUCAUUAGAAGAUAUUCGCAAGUGGUCAGUUGAUGACGUCUACAACUUCAUCAGUGAAAUAACAAACUGCGCCGAAUAUACACAGACAUUCAAAGACCACAUGAUUGAUGGAGAGACGUUACCUCUUCUUACAGAGGACCACCUCCUGGAUACACUUGGGCUAAAGCUCGGGCCUGCGCUCAAGAUACGAUCACAGUUGUCCCGACGGCUGGGUAACAUGUUCUACAACAUGAUGAACUUGCCUCUCCCCGUCUCCGGUCUGCAGCCUCCACCUGAGAAAAGCGGGGACAGAUCAUCAGACAUCAACUCCCCCCUCAACUGCAACAGUGUGGAGCUGCUCAGCAGCCCAAGAGACACAGAAGCUCUUAAAUCUACGGAGCCUGUAAGUGAAGCUGAUAAUCCCUCACCGACCCAGAUGAGUGAAACCACCUGAAAAAGAAUGCAGAACUGUUGGACUUCUUUUUUUAUUUCAAAAUCCUUUACUGUUUUGACACUGAAUGCAUAAAGUAGACAGGCACUGACAUUUUUGUAGUGAACUUACUGAUUCUAUAUUUUUAAAUAUUCAUCACAAAUAUAUUAUGAUCCGUGUUAUGCAGUAGGUUCAGAAUGUGGUUUCCAGCAGACUAGCAGACUGUCGAAUGCUGGAUAUUUCUAUGUAUAUAUAUUUUGUAAUAAGUCAGUAAAUCAUUCACAAAUCUUUUUUGUCUUUAUCAUUACAGCCUUUUUCAUUGUACAAUUGUAUUUUGGUUUUUACUUCAAACUUAAAUUAUUCUCUGUUGUCAUAUACUCUUUGCUAU